AGUGUUUCCGAUUUCGACACGCGUUUGUGAUCGAAAUUGCUGACUUCACCAACAUGGCAGCAGGAAAGAAAAAACCAGCAACUCUACCAUCAAGAUUACAAAAAACACUUUCCUCCAUAUGGCAGGACAAACACAUGGUGUUGUUCAAAGCAGAGUACACGUUCUUGGUCACGGCAGUCCUUUGGUUCCUGGAAAUUGUGAUUAACAUAUGGGUGAUCCAGAGAGUUGCAUAUACAGAGAUUGACUGGAAGGCGUACAUGGAUGAGGUGGAGGGAGUUAUUAACGGCACAUAUGACUACACACAGCUGAAGGGCGACACGGGGCCGCUGGUGUAUCCAGCUGGUUUUGUGUAUAUAUUCACAGGGCUGUAUUAUCUUACCGAUCAUGGACAGAAUAUUCGUUUGGGUCAGUAUGUGUUUGCUGUGUUCUACCUCAUCACUCUCCUUCUUGUGUUCCGCAUUUACCAUCGCACCAAAAAGGUUCCUCCAUAUGUGUUCUUCUUCGUCUGCUGUGCUUCGUAUCGCAUUCACUCUAUCUUCGUCUUGCGUCUCUUUAAUGAUCCGGUGGCCAUGAUGCUGUUAUUUGGAGCCAUUAAUCUCUUCCUGGAUGGCCGCUGGACUCUAGGAUGUGCCCUUUACAGUUUAGCUGUGUCUGUGAAGAUGAACGUUCUGCUCUUCGCUCCUGGUCUCCUCUUCCUCCUCUUGUGUGAGUUCGGUCUAUGGAAAACUUUACCCAAACUCACUCUUUGUGCUGUCAUUCAGCUGUUACUGGGACUGCCGUUCCUCUUAGUGAACCCUGUCGGGUAUGUUAGCCGGGCAUUUGACCUGGGCAGGCAGUUUCUGUUUAAGUGGACGGUGAACUGGCGUUUUCUUCCUGAGGAUGUGUUUUUGUGUCGAUACUUCCACCUAGCGCUGCUUCUGGCUCAUAUUACCACAUUGCUUCUGUUCGCACUGAAGAGAUGGAAGAGGUCUGGGAACAGUAUUUGGUCUAUUCUAAAAGAUCCAUCUGAGAGAAAAGAGACUGUACAGAAGCUCAAUGCUGAUCAGACAGUUCUGGUUCUGUUCACCUCUAACUUUAUCGGCAUGUGCUUCAGUAGAUCUCUGCAUUAUCAGUUUUAUGUCUGGUACUUCCAUACGCUCCCCUUCCUGCUGUGGAGUGGAGGAGUCAAGAAGCUUGCCCACCUUCUCAGGGUGUUGAUUCUGGGUCUGAUAGAGCUGUCCUGGAACACGUAUCCGUCCACCAACUACAGCUCUCUAUCACUGCACGUCUGCCAUCUCAUCAUCCUGCUCUGUUUGUGGCUCAAUCCAACCCCAGCUCUUCCUUCUCAGAGGUCAGAGAACAAGGCUAAACGCCACUGAACCUUGGCCUGACCGGGACGCUCGCUGUGUGGGACGAUCUCUGGCCUCCAGCUCCUGCCUGUGGUCCAGCACCUGUCUACAAGCUCCUGUACCGGAGUGACAAAUGGGUGGCCAGGGACCUGUGCCCUGAGUAUGAUGCUCAAAUCGAAUCAAGGUUUUUUUUUUUUUAAUGGAGGUAGUGUGAAGUUAAUAUAUGGGGAUACAGAGAGUUUACAAUGCUUCUCAGGAUUCUUAAGGACUAAUGUAAUGCUCAGUCUGGGAUGUUGGAGUGGGAAAUGUGAAUGUUGUGUGGCUUUUUAUUGGAAGGACAUUUAAAAAAAACAUUUUUUUUUAUGCAGCAUAUCAAUGCAGUUGAUGUAUACAUAUAUGACGAAAUGUCUCUGCAUUUCAACUGUGACAUUUAAUUUCAUUCAUAAUUCUGUCUUUAUUCAAAGCUAUUCAGGGAUUUGUUUCAAUUUAAAGGGAUAGUUCACCCAAAAAAUGAAAAAUGUGUUAUUUACUCAGCCUCAUGUCGUUCCACAACCUGUAUGCAUGUACAGAAAUGAUAUAGGGAACCAAACUACUUUGGGUCCAUUGGUUUACAUUGUAUGGACAAAAACUCUCAAAAUACAUUAUUUUGUGUUCUGCAGAAGAAAUCAAGUCAUCAGGUUUGGAACCACAUGAGGGUGAGUAAAUGAUGACACAAGUUUCAUUUUUGUGAACUAUCCCUUUAACUGUUUUCCAGCCAUGCAGGGUUGUGACUAUAAGCUCAACAGGAUUGCAUCCACUAGUUACAUUUAUAGGGCACAAAGGAACAGCAUAGAUCUGCUUUUCCAUGUCUUUUUUUAGUUUAAGGCAACCAUAAACCUCCAGUAGUGCCUGUGUUUGUUUACUGUCUUUGGGUCUUUUUCAUUAUGUUGUGUUCUUUAUGGUUUUUCCUUUUCUAGAGUGAAGAGUUAGAUGGAGGGCUGAAAUGCUUCACAUUUAGGGUGAUUUUAAUUUUUCUGUAAUGAAGAGUUUUUUAUUUUCUUUUUGCAUGAUAUGCAUUUGCUUAAUCCAAAGUGUACUCGCUAUUCACAAUGCAACUGUCGUCUAUGAUAUUAUUCCAUUUCCAGGCUCACAGCUACAAAAGUCUGGCCGAAACCAGGUUGAAUGUACAGUGAAGGAAUCAAGCCCUUACUGUUUGAAAUAGUAUUAUCUUAAAACCUGAAGAAGCAUCAUUUGGAAUCAUUCAGAGCAUUUUAUUGUAUAGAUUUGUAAGUGAUAGAAAAUAAAAAGUCAUAAUUUCAUAACA